UGUUCAGCGAUUUUGUAUAACUUUACUCUUGCGGACUGGUCACACUGCUGCUGCACUUUCUAAUCAGUUCGGACAGUUUACCCAUGGAAAUCAGCUGGGAAAUAGUUCUAUGCGUGGCAAUUGCCGGACUGGUUCAUUACUUGGUCUACGUAUUCGUGAUGGGCAAGCGGCCUAAGAGCAUUGUUGGACGCCAUGUAGUGGUAACCGGUGGAUCGAAGGGAAUUGGCCUCUGCUUGGCGGUAGAGUGUGCCAUGAAGGGUGCCAAUGUGACGGUGAUAGCCCGGGAUGAGAAAAUGUUGAGUGGAGCAGUGGCUCUGAUGGAGGUGAUUCGACAGAGACCGGAUCAAAAGUUCCAAUACCGAAGUCUUGACAUCGGAGGCGACUAUGAUCGAGUAGCCCAAGUGCUGGAGGAGAUCGAGGAGGGUUUCGGACCCAUCUAUACUCUAAUAAACUGCGCCGGCAUGGCCAUUUGCGGAGUAUUCGAGGAGGUGUCCGUGCAGGAUGUGCACAAGCUAAUGAACGUCAACUUCUUUGGCACCUACAACUGCACUCGGUAUGUGCUGCCCAAGAUGAAAAAGGCGGGAGAGGGAAUCAUUGUGAUUACUGCUUCACAAGCUGCCAUGUUUGGCAUCUUUGGCUACGGCCCAUAUUCAGCCACAAAGUAUGCACUUCGCGCCAUGGCUGAGACGAUAGCCAUGGAGUCAAGGGAACACGGAGUCAGCGUGACAUUAGCCAUGCCCUGCGACACGAAUACGCCGGGAUUCGAAGAGGAGGAAAAAUCUAAGCCGCGAGAAACGAAAAUCAUUUCUGGUGGAGGCGGUCUAAUUGAGCCUGAAGUCAUGGCCAGAGCCAUUCUCAAGGACGCAUUGAAAGGGAACUUCACCUCAACUGUAGGAGCCGAGAGCUGGCUAAUCACCACAUUAGGCGGAGGUUUGUUGCCGUGGGAUGGCUUUUUCACGAAUCUUCUGCACUCCAUCGCUAUUGGUCCACUGCGCCUGUUCAGCUACGGCUUGCACAAAUACUUUAAUAGCAUAAUCCGGAAAUGCGCCCGCGAGGACAAAACCAAGUCAACUUCGGAAUAGCAGUAUUUAAAGCGCUGCGUACCUUAAUCCACAUGUUGAUUGUCGCAUUAUGCAUACGCGUUGUUGUUAUUCGCAGUAAUUCCACGCAUAAAAACGCGCAUUUAUUAUUGAUUGCAUUAUUUUAAUAAUUUACGUCCCCAUGUUGUGGAGGAUCAAUAUGCCCCUAUAUCCAUAUUCUUGUCCUCAUCUUGUACUGCUUAAUUUAAAUAAAAACUGUUUCUUUUGUUAACCAAUUCGUUGAAAGAUUAAACUUA